AUGAUGAAAGUGAAUACAAUUUGCAGCAUCCUAUGUCAUAUAAGGUUCAUUGUAUUGAAGAAACUGCAAAAAUGUGAUCUUGCUCUCAGAAGGCCUUUGAAAAGCCUAUGUGACUCAAAUUGUGAUCUUUCAGAAGAAGAAUGGCAGGUUCCUUUUGAUGUUCCAGACGAGCACUUAGCAGUCUAUGCAGGUAAUGAGAGGAGAAGGUUUGUUGUAAAGGUAUGUUACUUAAAUCAUCCCCUGUUCAGACUCUUGCUGGAUAAGGCUGAGCAGGAAUUUGGGUUUGAUCAAAAGGGAGGACUUUCCCUACCUCGUGAUCCAAAAGUCAUUCAGGGUCUUCUGCUUCUGCUACAAAAAAAAGAAAACUCUUUAACUGCUUCUGAAAUGGAGUUUGAGAGGCUUUUACUAUCCUGA